AUGCCGUCUCUGCAGAGACAGCAGUCUUUCAGCUCAUGGGCACCGUCCCUGGGCAGUGGUGUUGGAGAUGAGAUCUUCAGAACCGUGUCGAAUGUCCUGUCGCGGGGCCAGAGCAGGAGGGAUUCAAUUCCAGAGGACGACGACAGCAAUGUCGAACACAGCAAGGCAGACGACUGGCACAUGAUGGAGGAAGUGAAGACCAUGGCUGCACAGACGAACGCAGACGGCGCCAAGUAUCGAAAGUUGGGAGUCACCUGGACCAAUUUGACGGUGAAGGGCAUUGGUGCCGAUGCGGCUUUCAACGAGAACAUGCUCAGCCAGUUCAACAUCCCAAAGCUUGCCAAAGAAAGCCGACAAAAGCCCCCACUCAAGACGAUCGUCGAUAACAGCCAUGGCUGUGUGAAGCCUGGAGAGAUGCUUCUCGUUCUUGGCCGACCUGGAUCCGGAUGCACGUCGUUGCUGAAGAUGCUCGCCAACCGGCGAUUGGGAUAUGCCGAAGUUACUGGCUCGAUCAAGUAUGGCUCGAUGGAUGCUUCUGAGGCGAAGCAAUAUCGAGGCCAGAUCGUCAUGAACACAGAGGAGGAGCUUUUCUUUCCCACACUGACCACUGCACAAACGAUCGACUUUGCUACCCGCAUGAAGGUGCCCCACCACCUACCUGGCAACAUCAAGAGUGCCAAGGACUUCCAAAAGCUCCAACGUGAUUUCCUCCUACGAUCUAUGGGCAUCGAACACACCCACGAGACCAAAAUUGGUAACGAGUAUGUUCGUGGUGUUUCGGGAGGCGAGCGAAAACGUGUUUCCAUCAUAGAGACCAUGGCCACACGCGGCUCAGUGUUCUGCUGGGACAAUUCAACAAGAGGACUGGACGCAUCCACAGCAUUGGAGUAUACCAGGUGCGUUCGCGCAAUGACCGACAUCCUGGGUCUCAGCUCGAUCGUAUCUUUGUACCAGGCCGGCAAUGGUAUCUACGAGCUUUUCGACAAAGUGCUCGUCCUCGACGAGGGCAAAGAGAUCUUCUACGGUCCAAUGCCCCAGGCUAAACCCUUCCUCGAGGACCUCGGCUUCCUUUAUCGCGAUGGUGCCAACAUUGCAGACUUCUUGACUGGCGUCUGUGUGCCCACCGAGCGCAUGAUCAGACCUGGCUACGAGGAUCGCUUCCCACGCACGGCUGACGAGAUUCGCGCCGUGUAUGAGAAGACGUCCAUCCGCUUUCUAAUGCAAAAGGAAUAUGACUUUCCAGAUACCGACGAAGCAAAGAGAAUGACAGAGGACUUCCGGGAAAGCGUAAAAUACGAGAGGCACCCAAGUCUACCAAAGAAGUCGCCUUUGACGGUCAGCUUUGUGACACAGGUCAGGGCUGCUGUCACCCGACAGUUUCAAUUGAUCUGGGGUGACAAGGCCACCUUCGCCAUCAAACAAGGCUCAACGCUUGUUCAGUCCCUCGUCGCCGGCUCGCUCUUCUACAACGCUCAGGCUAACACCGGUGGUCUCUUCACCAAAGGCGGUUCGCUCUUCUUUGCACUUCUGUUCAACUGUCUCCUGGCCUUCGCUGAGGUAACAAACUCCUUCGCUGCACGACCUGUGCUGGCAAAGCAUCGUGGAUUCGCUCUCUAUCACCCGGCUGCCUUCUGCAUUGCUCAAAUUUGCGCGGACAUUCCGAUCCUGAUUUUUCAGAUCACCAUCUUCGCAAUUCCCAACUACUUCAUGACUGGUCUCAAAUCGGAAGCCUCGGCCUUUUUCAGCCAUUGGGGUAUCUUGUACACCUGUACUAUGUGCGUGACUGCAAACUUCAGGGCAGUCGGUGCGGCCGUUCCGACAUUCGACGGCGCUUCCAACGUGGCCGGUUUCUGGCUCAGUGCUAUGGUCAUGUAUGCUGGAUACAUGAUUCCGAAGCCUAACAUGCAUCCGUGGUUCGUUUGGAUCUUUUGGAUCAAUCCGAUAGCGUUCGGCUACGAAGCCGUCUCGGGAGUUGAGUUCAGGGACACUGAGAUCCCUUGCGUUCCUCCAAAUCUCGCGCCAUUCGGUCCGAGCUACAAUGACAGCAGCUUCCAAGCUUGUACCGGCGUCAGAGGUGCUCCGAAGGGCGCUGCAGCCCUCACCGGAGAGCAAUAUCUCAAAGGUCUUUCGUACUCCUCUGGGAACAUUUGGAGGAACUUUGGCAUUGUUUGGGCCUGGUGGCUGCUUUGGGUGGUGUUGACUGUCUACUUCACCAGCGGCUGGAGUCAAAUCUCGGGCAACAGUGGAUUCCUCGUCGUCCCACGUGAGAAGCAGAAGAAAGCCAUGCACUUGGUGAAGAGGGAUGAGGAAUCUCAGUCUGCCUCGUCUUUACCAGGCAGUGAGAAGACUGUGCCCUCCGAUUCUGAGAAGCGCGACUACAAGAAUGACGAUGUGGACAAACAGUUGAUUCGCAACACCUCUGUGUUCACUUGGAAGCACCUCAGCUACACUGUCAGCACUCCUUCGGGUCCUCGCCUACUGCUCGACGAUGUCCAAGGCUGGGUCAAACCUGGAAUGCUUGGCGCUCUAAUGGGUUCGUCUGGUGCUGGCAAGACAACUUUGCUCGACGUCCUCGCGCAACGCAAGACUCAAGGCACAAUCAAAGGCAGCAUCCUCGUCGACGGUCGUGAUCUUCCGAUCUCCUUUCAAAGAUCUGCUGGGUACUGUGAGCAGCUCGAUAUCCAUGAACCUCUUUCCACUGUCCGUGAGGCUUUGGAAUUCUCCGCCUUGCUCCGCCAAAGUCGCGACACCCCUCGGGCUGAGAAGCUGAGGUAUGUUGAUACUAUCAUUGACUUGCUCGAAAUGCACGACAUCGAGAACACAUUGAUCGGAACCACGACGGCUGGUCUGUCGGUCGAGCAACGCAAGAGACUUACGAUUGGUGUCGAACUCGUCUCGAAGCCCAGCAUCUUGAUCUUCCUUGACGAGCCUACUUCCGGUCUCGACGGGCAAGCUGCUUUCAACAUUACUCGCUUCCUGCGAAAGCUCGCCGAUGUUGGUCAGGCCGUUCUUGUCACCAUCCAUCAGCCUUCAGCCUCCUUGUUCGCGCAAUUCGACACGCUCCUCCUUCUUGCAAAAGGCGGGAAGACGGUCUACUUCGGCGACAUCGGUGACAAUGGUCAGACGGUCAAGGACUACUUCGGUCGUUACGGCGCACCGUGCCCGGCAAAUGCCAACCCCGCUGAACACAUGAUCGACGUCGUUUCGGGCACUUUCAGCAGGGACAGAGAUUGGAACCAAGUUUGGCUGAGCAGUCCCGAAUAUCACAACAUGACGAGAGAGCUCGACUUCAUCAUCGCUGACGCGGCAUCGAAACCUCCCGCAACGGUAGAUGAUGGGCACGAGUUCGCCAUGCCCAUGUGGGAGCAAAUGAAGAUUGUCACGCACCGCAUGAACGUCGCGCUCUACCGCAACACGGACUACUGUAACAACAAGUUUGGAUUGCACGUCGGUUCGGGACUGUUCAAUGCUUUCUCAUUCUGGAUGAUCGACAACAGCGUACAAUCGCUCCAGCUGCGUCUCUUCACCAUCUUCAACUUCAUCUUCGUCGCUCCUGGUGUCAUUGCUCAACUGCAACCGCUCUUCUUAUCACGACGAGACAUCUACGAGGCUCGAGAGAAGAAGAGCAAGAUGUACCACUGGUUCGCGUUCUGUACGGCGCAGAUCAUUAGUGAGAUCCCGUAUCUGUGCAUCUGUGGAGUGCUCUACUUUGUUGUCUGGUACUAUACCGUCGGCUUCCCGGGAGAUAGCAACAAGGCCGGUGCAGUCUUCUUCGUCAUGCUGUUCUACGAGUUCAUCUACACGGGUAUCGGCCAAGCCAUCGCGGCCUACGCACCCAACGAGGUCUUCGCGGCGCUCGUCAACCCGCUCAUCAUCGGCACGCUCGCGUCCUUCUGCGGUGUCCUCGAGCCCUACUCGCAACUGCAACCGUUCUGGAGAUACUGGAUCUACUGGAUGAACCCCUUCAACUACCUCAUGAGCAGCUUGCUCGUCUUCACCACCUUCGACGUGCAAGUCAAAUGCAAAGAAAGCGAAUUCGCCGUCUUCGACACGCCCGACGGCCAAACGUGCGCGUCGUAUCUGGCCGAGUACAUGGUCGGACCGGGAUCUCGCGCGAAUCUCGUCAACCCGGAUGCGACGAGUGGUUGCAAGGUUUGUCAGUACCGCACCGGCGCUGAUUACCUGUACACGCUCAACAUCCACGAUUAUUAUUAUGGAUGGAGGGAUGCGGCGAUCGUGGUGCUUUUCGCGCUCAGUUCGUAUGGGUGUGUGUAUGUGCUGAUGAAGUUGAGGACGAAGCAGUCGAAGAAGGCGGAGUCGGCGUAGUCGACUUGAUCCCACGUUGGACCGGGAUGGAUUUUCGUAGAUUUGCAUAGCGAUGGGCCUUGGCGGCGUGGAUAGAUUGUUAGGUGUGGAGGAGGAGUGAUCGGAUUGAUCGACGGCCUCUUUCUCUCUCUCUCUUACAUACACACACGCAUACGCGCACGCGCACGCGCACAGAGUUUUAACAUUGUAUAUUUAAUCUGACCCAGUCGCUCGCUCGCUCGCUAGUAGAUAGAGAAAGAAGUAUUGGUAUUGGUAUUGG